AUGCUACUGUUCUGGCUGCCAGAAAUUGAAUUGCUUUCCUGCACUAGGUGCUUGAAGCCGUUGCUUCAAACACUCCGUGCGAGCUUCGUUUCUGGAAACAACUAUGAACGUUUGGUUAAUACAUGCGACAAACUUCGUUCUGUCUAUCAGUGUAUGGAUCGUAUCAAAAAAUGCCAACCAAACCAUCUUUUUCGUGUGUUUACAGACGGUCUUAAAUACAUGUGCGUCGAGCAUCCUGACGAUUGCAUGCAACAGUGCAAUGCUCACAAAUUAGUUGUUGGAUGGUUCACAUAUUUGGUUAUGCGCUCAACAACUUUCAUUCGGUUGGGCGAAGGAAACUUACCACCACGUGUCAAUUCUAUAUUCUUUCGUAAAGUUUCUACGGAAGCAUGCACGUUAGUGUUUACUACUAAUCAGUCACGAAAACGAACCGUUCUCAAAAAGUAUUUGAAGCACGUGCACAUCUGUUGUUAUUUUCUCUGUCUAAAAACAAAGUACAAUUCACGUUGCUUUGGCGUUGGCGGCAAUCUGCUUUUGGUAAGAAUUACUGCACUCCAAGCUUGGUGUAAUUUACUUUGCUCAUCAUCCCGGUGUUGAUU